CUUCCAGAUUCUAACCAACCCGGAAAAACACACUCCAAAAAUUUUUCAAUUUUCAUAUCAAAAUCCAGCAUCAACUGUGACAAUAAAUAUCAUGGAGCUGUACCUUCAGAUUUAUGCGGAUGCUUAGCAGUAGCGGCAGGCAUG